AUGUUGGGUUGUAUUCGCCUCCGCGGUUGCAUUGAAAUCUAUUGGCCGGUAGGAUUGCUGCCGUAUCUGUUAAAGAAUCUUGAUAUCGACAUGAUAUCUGGCUUGGAUCUCUGGCACGCGUCCAAGAUUCCCCCAGUCCAGACACGCGCCAGGCGAUCCCGUUCUGUCUUACGUCCUAUGGAACUAACUAGUAUGAUGCAGAAUUUGACGCCUAGUUCGAACCUAACACCGUCCAGCCUCUGCUAUGCUUUAUAUACCCCGCCGUCUCCACCAAAGGCCCCAAUGACUGUUUAUCCCCCAAUGAACGAAAUAAUCCCCGUCCUACGCUCGUCGCUCACCAACCUCGAUUCCCUUGUCUCGUUCUACCAGCAGGAGCGCAUGUGGAUCCGUCGGACGCGCGCCGAGCUGCAGGAUUCUGAUGAUGAUGACGAGGGCCCUUCCCCCCGUCCCUCGCCAACACCGUCUCCUGACCUCCCAUCGCCGAAGUCGCCACAUUCGUCCCGCUGGAUCAGGCGGAAGAAGGACUUGAAAAUUAAGCUCGCCGCAUUGCCCCGUCGUCCGACACACAGUCUUCGUGUCCUUGACAUGUACGAAUCUAUCAUGCAGUCUAGGAUGGAGAGCUGUCAGCGUAUCAACCGGCUGAUUAGGAAUGCUAAUCGAGCACACCUAUCCCGCAUCACCAAACGUUACUCACAUUCAGAGUACCGCGGAACCUCCAGUGACGAGGAGUACAUAUGA